AUGGCUCCCGCAGACCGUCUCAACCAGGUCAACAAGCACCUGAACUACCCGGCCGGCAUGCUUGCCGGCCAGGUCGCCAUCAUUACUGGCGCAGGCCAGGGCAUCGGCGCUGAGGCAGCGCGGCUGUUCGCGAACGAAGGUGCCAAGGUUGUGGUAGCUGACAUUGACAACAAAAAGGCGAACUCAGUUGCUGAUGCUAUCAACGCCGCCGAGCCAGGACGAGCUCUUGCUGUGGUUGGUGACAUCCUGGAUGCCAACUAUGUUACGGACCUGGUGAAGCGUGCUGCCGAGUUCGGCGGUGGCAAAAUUCAUAUUAUUGUUAACAAUGCUGGGUUCACCUGGGACGGCGUUAUCCACAAAAUGACCGAUAAGCAAUGGGAUACUAUGCUUGCUGUGCACAAUACAGCUCCCUUCCGCUUGGUGCGAGCGGCGGCCCCCUACUUCCGUGUCAAGGACCAGGAGCCGCGAGUUAUCAUCAACAUCAGCAGCACCAGCGGUAUUCAUGGCAACGCCGGCCAAGCGAACUACGCCGUGGGCAAGGCGGGUGUCGUCGGCCUUACUCGCACCAUCGCAAAGGAAUGGGGUCCCGCUUUUGGCGUCCGCUCCAACACCAUCGCCUUCGGCUACGUGACAACACGGCUGACCGCGGCUAAGGAGGCCGGAGCCUUCAUCACCACUCCAGAUGGCACCAAGGUUGCCCUGGGAAUCCCCGGCAAGCAACUGGACAGCAAGAAGGGUGACGCAGAUGCCAACGCUUACCCGGAUAUCCCACUGCGCCGCCCGGCUAGUCCCGAGGAAGCGGCGCGGUCGAUUCUCGGCGUGGCCAGCCCCUACUUUUCCUAUGUGAAUGGGGAGACGAUUCGGGUGACUGGUGGGCGGAAUAUGUGA